UUGCUUAGGACCUGCGGAACCACGGCACCCAUCGGAACCUCACUCCCGCUAGUUAUAGUGGAUGGGCGAACAAUUCCCGCGCCAAAACCUCUGCAAGGUGCUUUUAACAAUGCAUCCACGUAACACGAUCCAGCCCUCCAAGUUCACUUGCAGGCGAAGAAUGUCUCGUAGGGUAACCAAAAUCUGGGAAUGACACAACUCUUCGGUCGCACUUUCGGAUGGCUUUUUUUUCCAUCUACGGCAUGAUGCCCUUAAUCGAGGGGGCUCCGUGGUUGUUCCCGGUAUCUACCUAGGUAGACCGACCCUUCAGCUUAGGGAAGGAAUGCGUGUGUGAAGCCGAGAUCGUUCCGAGCCCUAAGUCUUCAGCAAGAUGUUUCGCUGGAUGACUUGUGAUGUCUUGAGGUCAUAAGAGAGUCGAGAAUUCUCGAAAUUCUGUUUCCCAUGUGGAUACUAUUAAUUGUCAUAUUUGCGCCCUUGGUUGAUCCUGGAAUGAGAUACUGACGCUAAAUUGCUAACCUCUCUUAUACCAUUUCUUGUCUAAUAUUUAGAGCGUGUUGGAAAAAUUCCAUUGUUACUCAAGCCUAAGAUUCUACUUGCAGGACACGAAGAGUUUAACGGGUCAGGCUAUGGAGUCACCAGUCCAGGCUCCUCCUAAAAUUGCAAUUCUGGGAGCUGGUAUCGCUGGCUUAGCAGUUGCCAUUGGCCUCAUUAAGCGCAAUGUGCCGGUUACCGUUUAUGAAGCAGCGGAUAGAUUCUCCGUUGUGGGAGCCGGCAUUGGUUUGGGCCCCAAUGCGAUGAAUGCCAUGGACUUAAUCAAUCCAAAUUUCCGAGAAAAAUACGAAAAAGUGAAGACGCGAAAUGAAAGGCCAGAGUUUGAGAACAGCAUCUUCGAUGCCCUAUAUGCUGAAGAUGACUUUGGCGCAAGGCGAGGAUGGACCCGUGGUCUCAUUGGGGCGCCUUAUUUUACGCGAAGUAGUGCUCACCGUAAGGAUCUGUUGGAUAUUAUGGAAAGUUUCAUUCCUGAGGGGACUGUCAGAUUUGGAAAACGAGCACAAUCAAUUGAGCAAGUAGAGAAUCAUGUUUUAGUCGGAUUCGAAGAUGGCACGACCGAGACCUUUGACGCAGUAAUUGGUUGCGAUGGCGUCAAAGGCAUUUCGCGCCGAGCUAUCUUGGGCGAUAUUGCGCCUGAAGAGGUUCAACCAGCAUUUUGUGGCAUGUACAUCUAUCGAGGCAUUAUCCCAAUGGAACAAGCGAAGGAAAUCCUAGGUGUUCAUGCCGGCGAUGCGAAGUUUUUCAUGGCAGAUGGAAAAGGAGUAGCCAUCUAUCCAAUAUCACAAGGAAGAGAGGAAAAUUUCGUGUUCUUUGUCUUGACACCUGACCCUUGGACACACGGCGACGUCGCGAUACCAUGCAAGAAGGAGGAUAUGAUUAAGGAUCUAGAAGGAUUUGAUUCCAGACUUUUAAAGCUCCUGGAUUAUGCCAGACCUCUCAGAUGGCCGACUUGGCAUCAUCCUAAAACCUCUACCUUCUAUAAGGGGCGAGUAUGUCUACUGGGCGACGUUGCACAUGCUUGUGCUCCUCACCAGGCCGCCGGAGCGGGUCAAGGACUGGAGGAUGCGGCUUUACUUUCUCAAUUAAUUGCUCUAGUCGAGACCCCCGACGAAUUUGAUGUCGCUUUUCAGGUUUAUGAUGCCGUGAGACGGCCCAGAGCACAGAGGGCAGUCCUCACUAGUUUUGAGGCGGGAUUGCUUUAUACGUGGCAACAUCCAGAAAUUGGGGGCGACAUGCAAAAGAUUGCUGAGAAUGCGAACCAGCGGCUGCAUUGGAUUUGGCAGUAUGACCUUGAAGCGGAUAUUAGAAAGGCUUCGGAAGAUUUCCGAAAGUUAGUAUUACAGAGACGGGACACGUCACGAGAUGGUAACACAACAAACCUCAACGAGCUAGGCUCGUUAGGCCGCAUAAAAUGUACGUAGGCCAGCUCCCAAGAGGAUAAAUAUAUUCAUUAUUUUAUAAAUCCAGUACCUACACCUCUUUAUAUAUUGUGUCUGUGUCUUGGUGUCCCGCACAUAGCGUCAUCCCUGAAAUAGAAAGUAUCUCGGGUCAACAAUACUAGGAAUAUGUUCGAUACUUCGCUUCUUAGUCGGUCGUCUCGAACGGCUUCUGAACCGCGUUAAAAUAGGGGCCCUCGUCAGUGUCU